AUGCUCACGUCAAAAAUUACAAAAAUUGGUAAAGUGGUAAUAUGUGGCGCUAAGGGCGUGGGAAAAACCGCUAUGCUGGAACAGCUCAUCUACGGUCAUGUUACGAUCGAUUCGGAACUGCACAGCACGAUUGAGGACACAUACGUGGCCAGUGUCGAUACGGGUAAAGGAAGCAGAGAUAUGCUACGCAUUUACGACACUGCCGGCCUGCAGGGAAAUGUGCAGCUCCCUCGGCACUAUCUGCUGUUUUCGGAUGCUUUUAUACUGGUGUAUGACCCAAGUGAUCCGGCGAGUCUAGAUAUGCUGGCUGGAAUAAAAAGUGAUGUCGAUAAGUACAAGGAUAAGAAAGAGAUGAUAAUAAUUGUGAUAGCAAAUAUGCGUUCUCGCCAAACACGAUCGUCGGUAGCUUCAACGACUAACAAUUCUUCGAGCGGUGGAGGAACAACCGCUCUGAAUUCGCCAAACGGUAGCUACCACAGCGUUGGCAACACCCAGUUGAACAAUAAUGAUUUGAUUGAAUCUAAUCUCAACCGCGCCAAUAACUGGUGCUCCCGCGAACGCAUCAAACACUACACUGUGAAUGCGAUGGAGCGGGCAUCAUUGUAUGAGCCGUUUAUCCAGCUAGCAAUACGCAUGUAUCCGGCGCAAACCAAAAGCUCCUUCCCGCAGCUUAGGCAGCUGACACAAAAAACCUCUAAGGUGGAUAACAGUUAG